AUGAAGCCCAAGCACAGAAAGAUAGCCACAAGACAGUGGAUCAGUAGUGCUGUGGCCUACCGCACUAGGUCUGCAGCCAUGAUUGAGAUGCCUCUGAGUAUGAGAGGCUGGCCACCUCUCCAGAAGAGGGACGGGUCAUCUCUCCAGAAGCAAAAACCGGGCAGACCUUUAGAGGUCCUGGAGAACAUUGUUGGCCACAGAAUUUCUCAUGGAUGGAAAGAAGGCGAUGAGCCAGUCACCCAGUGGGACGCCAUCGUUCUAGACCAACUGCCGACAAAUCCCCCCCUCUAUUUGUUGAAGUACAAUGGGAUUGAUUGUGUCUACGGAUUGGAGCUUCACCACGAUGAAAGGAUUUUACAACUGAAGAUCCUGCCUAAUAAAGAGUCUUUUUCUCAGGUGACAGACACCCACCUCACAAACAGCAUAGUUGGCAGAACAGUGACACAUGAAUUCGAGGGCACAAAUGGCUCUAAGGAUGAGUGGAGAGGGGUGGUCCUAAAAGAGGUGCCGAUCAUGAAGACCUGGUUCUACGUUACCUAUGACAAAGAUCCGGUCUUGUACAUUUACCACCUCCUGCAUGACUACAUUGAAGGCAACCUCCACAUCAUGCCAGAGAGUCCUCCAGUAGAAGUGACGUCGGAAGUAGGCAGAGAUUUCAUGAUAGGCAAAUGCGUGCAUCACAGCAAAAGCGACGGAACCAUAAAGACGGGCAAAAUCGUUUACCAAGUUCCCACCAAACCUUCCAUGUAUUUCGUCAAGUUUGAAAAAGACACCCUUAUCUAUGUGUUUGAUGUGAGGAAGAUCCAGUAA